UUUUAGUAAGAGAGACAGACUGGGGAAGAUAGCAGGGUGAGAGAGAGGGAGGUCAGAAGUGAGUUUUAGGGAUGAGAGUGAAAAGUGGUGAGAGGGGAAUACAGGAGAGAUAGGGAAAGUGGACAGCAGGAAGUUGUUCGGGGUUUUUACAAUAUGAAUUCUCCAGAGUGAUUACUCACCCUGCACAGUAACGGACUGUUACAGCUAAUCCCACGCACAUUCCAGAGACACAGCAAAACUCACAGCACGCUGAGCAGAGACUGGAACAUCGCAGGAGAACAGCAAGCGUAAUGGUGUUCGUUUUAUAAAGGAACAGGAACAAUAUAAAAAGCUACAAAUAAGAUGGACAAGCCACUCUACACCGCUAACGACAGCUGCCGCUUCAACGAGGAGUUUAAAUACAUCCUGCUGCCGCUUUCAUACGGGAUAGUGUGUGUGGUGGGGCUGGUGCUGAACUCCGUGGCUCUGUGGAUGUUCCUGUGUAAGAUGCGCCCGUGGAAGCCCAGCACCGUGUACAUGUUCCACCUGGCCGUCUCGGACACGCUGUACGUGCUCUCGCUGCCCACGCUGGUGUAUUACUACGGCAACCGGAGCGACUGGCCCUUUGGGGAGUGGAUGUGCAAGAUCGUGCGCUUCCUGUUUUACACCAACCUGUACUGCAGCAUCCUGUUCCUCACCUGCAUCAGCGUGCAUCGCUACCUGGGCAUCUGCCACCCCAUCCGCUUCCUCAAGCUGGUUAAAGUACGCCAUGCCCACGUGGUGUGUUUCCUAGUGUGGGGUGCCGUGACGGUGUGCCUUAUCCCCAAUCUGAUCUUUGUGACCAUCAGCACCAGGGACAACGACACGAUGUGUCACGACACAACGCGUCCGGAAGAUUUCGAUCAGUACGUCAGCUACAGCUCAGCAGUUAUGACCCUACUGUUCGGCCUCCCGUUCCUGGUGAUUGUGGUCUGCUACUGCCAGAUGGCCCGGACGCUGUGCCAGCCCAGGGCGGGGCUACAGUCCCGCCAGCAGGGUGUACCCAGUUCCCGGAGGAAGUCUAUCAAGCUGAUCAUCGUGGUCCUGGUGGUCUUCGCCCUCUGCUUCGUCCCCUUCCACAUCACACGCACCCUCUACUACACCUUCCGCGUGCUGGACGCCGACUGCAUGUCUCUCAACUAUGUCAACUUCGCCUACAAGAUCACCCGGCCCCUAGCCAGCGUCAACAGCUGCAUAGACCCCGUCCUGUACUUCCUGGCUGGGGAUCACUACCGUGCCAAGCUGGUGAGCGCCUGCUCCAAGAAACCGCGCUUCUCCACGAUCUCACUGGUGCCGCGCAAACGGCUCAACUGCAGCCUGGCCGUGGUCUGCAACAACCAGGACUCUGCCUGCACCGCAACCUGAACCGGAGUGGAGGGACGCUGGGGUUUCCACUUUGACACUGCUCACCAGUCGCCCUGGAGACAGGGACUGUAACUUAGUGCGUCCCAGUCCUUAGCCCUGUACUACAGGACAAUGAUGCAGCCUAGCCUGCCGGUUAAAGGAACCGUAGGUAAGAGAGGAGGUCUGAGACGUGGGAGGCAGUGGUCUGCUUGGCUCGCUGCACAGAAAAAGCAUGGGAUUUCAGACAGGGGUAACAAACGCUUCCUGUGCUCCUCUCAGCUCUAAUCAAGCCUGCCCUUACAUCAACCACCUUCAGAAUUUCAAUACAAGGCUUGCUAUUAAUACACUCACGCUGAGCAUGAGCAGCAGAUAAAGUGCAUUAACUUUCUUUUAAGCUAAGCUAGCAAGGGCGGUUUGAUUGCAUAUUGUUAACUGGAAAACAAGACAGUAUUAGACACACACUCAAAUUGAUCAUACCAGUAAAAGAGGUUUUUACUUUGUUUAGAGGCAUUUUCUACAGACAACUGUAUUUUGUAUUAGUCAUUUAUAACUAUGUUAUUAAAACACAACAAAAUAUUUGUUAACAUUCUAAUAAAGCACUUCCAAUUAAAAAGAACGCAUUUAAAUACUGGAGAAAGACUGCUGAUGGGGUCAACUGAUUCAAAUUGUAUUUAUACCAUUGUUUUUUUUUCAUUUGUAGACUAGAUCAAAGGGUUACAUGUAUUGCCAUGUAAGAGAGGGAAACAGUAAGCAAAACAAACAUAAAAACGUGUUAGGAUUAAAAGCAAGUGGAAGGCUGCACUGUGUUGUCCUCUGUGCCUCAACCCCGAGGCAGCGGAGUCCCGAUAAGAGUCCCAGCUGUCUGUGUAACACAAGUGGAAAAACAAAUCCCAUCUAGGGGCUGUCAUUCAAAAGCCCCCCCACGAGAGGCUGAGGGGCCCUGGGCAGCCACCCAAUUGGUUUAAAAAAAAAACAACACACCACGCGUUUUAGCAAAGAACAAAAAGUUGAACUGUUGUAUUGUGUAACAUACAGUACAUCACGAUGCACAACACACAGCACACAGAACAUUGCACAAUUAGCAAGCAUGUCAAUGAGCAUCGUGGGAUAUGGAAUGGCACAAGAAUAAAAAGGGGGUUCCGGUAAGCUAUGCAAGUUAUGCUAUUGAAAUGUAUUUGCCUUUAAGUUAAAUAACAUUUCUAAAAAGCCUGGUUUUGCACCUGAACAAAAAAGUUACUGAUAGGAAGAUCUACUAACAUCGUUUGAAGAAUUUUACUGCGAAUAAAAAAUAGAUUUUUUGGAAGAAACUUUGUUUUUCUAUCUAUCUAUCUAUCUAUCUAUCUAUCUAAUAGAUACCGUUUCCUUUAAUCGUGUACAAAUGCAGAUGAUCACAGUGCAUUCGGACCGGAAGCAGAUCACAGAAUUACCAGACAAGGCAGCACAAUGCAUUUGGAGUACAGUACAGUACACUGCAGAGUGGUGCAAUACAUUAAUUGAUUCAUUAAUUUACAGUAAAACUCCCAAUCCCAACCGGAAUGAACUCUCCUUGACCCCAGACAUUUGUUUCUAGCAGGAUAACAAGGGCUUUAUUUAAUGAUCUAGCCACUGGAAAAUCCCAGCAGGUCAAAAAUAACUUGAUUCCGGGAGUGCCCUUAAGAAAAUGAUUAUGUGAUGUUGUUAAAGAAAAUAACAAGCCUGAAAGAGGCUGCACUGCAGUGUGAAGAUGGCACAGCCAUUGUUGAAGCUGAAAGGUCUACAGGAAGUGUAAGGAGGAUAAACAGCAGACAGGAACUGACUCAAGCCGGAGAGCGAUCCAGUAUAUCUCUCUGUACGUUAAGUGAGUCAGUCUGCCAGGAUUCCUUCAGCUGAGUCUCUCCCUUUGCCUUGCUGUGACACACCCUUCACAUUGCACCUUGUUAUUUCUGUGCUGCUGUACAAUGAGGUGGGCAGCAGGUGUUUGGGACAGUAGGUGGGGGAUCUAAAGGAGGCGGUGUGGUCCAGUGGUUAAAGAAAAGAGUUUUUAACCAGGAGAUCCCGGGUUCAAAUGCAUAUGAUGCAUAGUUCACACACCCUAGUCUCUGUAAAUCGCUUUGGAUAAAGGUGUCUGCUAAAUAAAACAAAUAA